CGUCCAGAGAAAGUUGCAAACUACGGGAUUUGACCCGCGGACCUUCGGGCCAACCACAAGUGGAAGGCACGUGGCAGUUGUAUCGAACUGCACUCUAGCCAGCUGAGCUAGCCGAGCGCAGAAAGAUCACAAAACCCAGAGUAGCACUAAUCCGUAGAGGCGCUUGAACUUGAAGUUGUGGGCGCUUUCACGUUUUGCUUUAUUCGCAUGCACCGAGGCAGGACGCAAAGGGAAGGAAGGAGCACCUCCGAUUCUGCCAAACAUUCGGUCUAGAAACCUCCUUUCAUUUAGUCUACUGCUUCAGUCCCCCUGCUUCGCCUGAUCCGCCACCGUUGUAGCUCAUACAUUGCUCCUGAGCUAUGGAGGGUGUGUGGUCCAACGUCACCCUGGAAGAGCUGGUGGAUAAUCUGCAAGAGGUGGACUGGACCACGCGGCCACGGCCCCUCAAUGAGUUCUUUUCCAAGUUUUCCACUCCGCGCAACCUCCAGGGCAAGCUGACCAGCAGGCUCAAGUGCAAUGCAUACUACUACCGCACCAACUACUUCCUCCUCGUCCUGCUCACGCUGGCGCUGGCGUUUGCCCGCAACCCCGCAGCGCUCAUCGCCGUCGCCGUGGCGGGCUUCAGCGCCAUGUGCCUCAAUGACAGUUUCGCCCUCAGUUUGGAUACCAACUUGAUGCGGGCCAUCCGACGAAUCCACCCCCCCACGGCAGCACGGCUACGAGGAGUCUCUGUGCACGCCGGCCCGCGCACCAAGCCCGGGAGCAGCCGCAGCCGGGGCGUGAUCCUGAUCUGUGGGCAGGACCGGCGCGCAGUCGUCGCCGUGCUAUUCACCUUUAGUGCGGUGCUCUGGUGGCUGACGUCAGCGAUCGUCACCGUGUUUGGGGCGCUGGCCGCCAGCAUAGUCAUGGUGCUGGCACACGCGUCAUUCCGGACGCCAAACUUAAAAGCUCGCCUCAACUCGUUUAGAGAAGAGUUCCGAAAAGUGUGGAGCGAGUACAGUGAGGCCUGAUGACGAACGCACACGGUAUGUCCCCAAGUGUUAUGAUUAAUGUACUUAAACCUCUAUGUAAGUCAUUGUCAGCUGAAGUGGCCAAUGAAGCAUUCAAAUGUCUCCUUUCAACUUCGAGUCCCUAUAAACAUCCAAAUUACUGAUUCUGAAACGCUUGAACGGAAGCUAGAGCUGUAGUACUAAAACAUGCAAGCCUUGGAGCUGCAACUUUGAGCACCGCGGCGGCACGAUUACUGCUUAUAGCUGUAUGCCUGAUCAUUCUACAGUUGUAGCUCGUUAAGUUGCAAGGCUAUUGGACGUCUGUGUAUAUAGUAGACCGACGGCCGGCAUGUGCCAGGUGAUUUGCAGCUAGGC